AUCAUUCCUGAAAAACACCUCCAUUUCCAACAAAUCAUAUGCAUUUCAAAAUACUCAUUAUCAAUCUCUGUCUUACCAUCAUCACGUCAACCAAGACAACCAACACACAACUGAAAAGACCUCGUCGUUAUUCCUUAACAAACAACAAAUCAUAUACAUUUCAAAAGAAAAGAUUGUUUAUUGCUCCAUUCCUGGCCUCUUCAUCUGCAUUUUGCUGCUGCCCUAUACAUCUGCAAUUUUCAACCCUAGGUAGCCAUCAACAAGUUCAAUCUUCCUCUUCCAGGAGUUCAACGUCGACGAUAUAGGAAUUCAUUGAUUUGGCACAUUAGAGGGAAUGGAGGAACAUUUGUGAGUUUGAUAUCGAGAACGAGGGAGGGAGAAUGACAGAGAUAAGUGAAGUCAGAGAGAGGUCUUUAGCAUUUUGAUUGAUUUUACAUUCAGAUUUUUGCGAGGGGAAAUUUGGCUGAAUUUCCAAAUUGAGUGUGAAUGCAUUCCGAAGUUUGGUUAGGUUCUGAAAAUGGAUAAGGAUAUUGUGUCUUUCCCUUUCAAGAGCCUUGAACAAUGCUGUGAUUGUGGAGGUAGUUGUUCUCUUACUGUGAGCUCUUCCUCAAAUGGGGCUUGGAUACGUUCUGUUAAGAGGAAAUAUGAUGAAUUUGAGAAAAGUGGCCGUUACUAUAUUCCCGGUCUUGAAACAUUUCCUGUUGCACGUGUUGGGAUUGAAAAUGAAUGUAAAUUGUUGCGAGAGACAGUGGGCAGCCAACAAGCUACUAUUCAGGAGUUAUGUUUGGAGUUGGAAGAGGAGAGAAAUGCUGCUUCCUCUGCUACUAAUGAGACCAUGUCCAUGAUUUUGAGGUUGCAGAAUGAGAAGGCAGAGGUCUUGAUGGAAGCUCGACAGUUUAAGCGUUUUGCUGAGGAUAAAAUGUCCCAUGAUGCUCAAGAGAUUUCUGCUUUGGAGGAGGUGCUAUAUCAAAAAGAACAGACCAUCCAGUCCCUAACAUGUAAAGUUCAAGCUUAUAAGCAUAGGAUGAUGAGCUAUGGCCUGUCGGAAUUUGAGGCUGAGGGAAGGAAGGGGAAUUAUAGUCGAAACCCAAGUUUCUCCAAUGACUUUGACUCUUCCAUGUGUGCUUAUCCUAAACUAAGGUGCGAUAUGUAUGAAUCUCAAGAGCAACUAGAACUUGAUGAUGAUAAUGUGGACUUUGAAAAGUAUCCAUUCGGUGAGAUUCCAGGAGGUCAAGAUUUGAAGAAUUUGGAAUACAGAAUCAACCAAAUGGAAGGAACUCCUCAUAGUGAUCAGAUGAAUGCAGACUUCGGCUCUAGAAAUGUUUCAGAGAAGGUUGUCAUUGGUCAGUCUCCAAGGCGAUCAAGACAUUCGCAGAGGUUUUCCACUGAUAGCUCUACUUCACUUUUGUGUUUAGCUAGAGAUAUGGGGCCAGAUAAUACAAUGGAUUCCCCUAGGUUUGGUACUAGUUUCAAAAAGUUGGAUUGUGUAGCUGAGGAAUUGAGAAAAACAGACGGUGCAUCUGAUUUUGAAGAUGACAUGUGCGAUAGAGUUUAUACUAUUGAUUCUAUUCAUCAUGGGGCACCUUAUAAUAACUGUAUGGAGCCUAAAGCUGCUGCAAAGUUUGGUGAUGACUAUUUAUCUACACCAAAAUCAAUUGGUCGUGGAGACUUGGGAGAUCCUGAUGUAAAGAAGCUUUCCUUGAGACUUCGGGCUCUUGAGGCUGAUCGAGAAUCAAUGAGGCAGACAAUCAUGUCUAUGCAGACCGAUAAAGCACAAUAUAUGUUACUUAGAGAAAUUGCUCAGCAUUUGUGCAGAGAUAUGGCACCUGCAAGUAACAUGCCUGUUCAGAAGCCAUAUAUUGUUAGGAGCUUUUGCUUCAUGGCAUUGUUUAAGUGGAUUCUGUCCGUUUUUUGGAGAAAGAGAGCACGUCAAAGCAAGUAUACGUUUGAACUAAAGGCUGAUAAUAUGGGUCUACGAAUGCUGUUGGAUAAAAGUCCACGCUACAAACUCUGGAGAUGUGUUUCGAAAACACAAGUUAAAAAAGCUGAGAUAGCAAACUAGUAGCUAGUGUUUAAAUAAACAUUUUGAUUCUGUUUUUCUGGAAAUAUGGUUUGUGCAGUGUUUAUGAUUCAUUUUUCUUCUUAUGCCCCUUCAGAAGUUUGGGGUAUGAAUAUGUGAGAAGUAUAUAGGAAGUGUGCAGCUUGAAUAGUAUCUUUUUGAGGUAGGUGCUUUUACAAAUUAUAUAUCCUGUAUAGUUGACAUUUUUCUAUGACCACGUUUAAUCAUGGCUCAUUUUCUACUUUGAGUAAAAGAAUGAAAUAAUACUACACUUCUUUCUA